AUGCAGGGUGACGUUAAAGUGGACCCCAUAGAGGUCCUACUUGUGUGGUCUCAAUGGCGCCAUAAUAUGACUGCCAAUGAAUAUAACGGCAGUAUUAUGUGUUCAAAAUUAGACGGAUCCGACAUACAGGUGCUCAACAACCGCACCAGGCAUCCACACACUAUAGCACUGGACACAAACGCUCAGUUAGUCUAUUGGAUCGACACAUUCAUGUAUACUUUAAACGUUAUGGACUAUAAGGGGCUAAACGUACGUACGGUAGCUCAAGGAUCGUCACUAUUUUCAACCGCUUUUUCAAUGGAUUUCUAUGGGAAGCACACCUAUUGGUCGACAGGACAGACAGUAUACCGGGCCGAUGGGAACAACACUGAGGUAGUGUUGAACGCAUAUUCGGAUAUACAAGGAAUUCGGGUGUUGAACACCGGGAGGCAAGAAACGAUGGCUGUUCGCAACUAUGUCUACCAGUUUCACAAUAUAGAUCCCGGUGCGCUUGUGAAAAUUUUUAACUAUUUAGCCCCGCAUUUGUUAUCAUCGGUUUACACCUGGGCUACUUCGAGUGCGCCAGAAAAUGAGCAAGCUACAGAAUCAGAUAGCACAUUCACCCACAUAAAUAACCCUGCAACUCAGCAUGAAUUUAACAACUCGGAUAAAUUGUUAGAAAAACUGCGGCGACUAUACAAUGAGCGUCUGUUCACCGACACCACCCUACAGGUGAACGGCACGGACUACCGGUGCCAUCGGGUUAUACUAUGCGCGUCGAGUCACGUGUUCGAAGAGAUGCUAAUAAAUAGCGAAACAAAUUCACCGCUAAUUGUGAAUGAGUCCGACCAGUGUUGCCAACUGUUCCCGGAAUUCCUCGAAUACUUAUAUACCGGGAUUAUUAACAUUAGCGAUGACUCAGUGUUAACUUUAUUAACACUAUCAGAUAAAUACCUGGUGCGCGAUUUGAACAAAUUUCCAACUAUGGAUAAUAAACAGUUGGUCACCCUGUUUACAAAUCACGUGAUUGAAAAACAUCGCGAUUUAUUCACAGAAACCUUAUCGCUGGCAAUGCUAUACCGUAUAACCGGUAAUCCUAACGAACUGAAUGGCAAACUACCGGUGCAUUCAUUUAUACCCCGAGUAUAUACGUCCUCUAAAUGGAGUUCCACACUAGAGGUCGAGAACUACAAAAUAUUCCCUCAUUUUGGUAUUAAGGGGUUAACCCUAACCACCCCUACAUUCAAAGCUGAUAAUCCUGACACUAACUCACAGACAUGUCUGUCCAACGAGUGGGUGGUAGAGCUGCACCCAAAAGGCAUCAAAUAUCACAAGUCUUUAAUGGAUAAGUCUAUUGAGAUCCCGGAGCUGAUCAACAAUACUGUGCGGCUAUCUGUCCGCUUAAAUAAGGGAAUUGGAGGCCGGACGGAUUACAUAGAGUACGUGCGAGAAGUGGUCCGCAAACUCUAUGUAUUCAAUGAUGAGCACCGGGUGCUUAACAUCGAUGAUUUGAUACCGUUUCAUGAGCUUAAUGGUUGCACCGAUGCUGACGGUGCUGUGAAUAAUACAAGUGAUUUCAUGGUAGUUGCUUCAGAGAACAAGAUCAAUUUAACUUACAAGAUCCUAGGCCGGAAUUAUCACUACUACAACCCCGGCAACGUGUGA